CCGUGAUCAAUCCCAUAAACAUUCAUAUUAGACUUACCUCGUGGUGUAGUAGAAUUACUUAAGGAGCUUUAAACAACAACAACAACAACAAAACAAAAAAAAAACAGAAACACUGAGGCUGGGCUGUACCCAGAGUGGGUCCGAUUUCAUGGGUCUGAGGUGGUCUCUGGGCCUCAGUGUCAUUGAAUAGCUCCUCGGAUGAUUUUAACAUGCAAGCGGAAUGGAGAACCACUACACGUGUUUCAGCGCCUGCUGUGGUGUAAAGAGCUCCUGGGUUGACCCCGAACUCCACUGUGUUUUGGGAGCAACGGGUGGAGCCGCUGCUGUAGUAGCUGUGGCGUUGGUGGGGCGGUGGGGAGAGGAUGUGCCUUCCCAGCCCAUUUGGGUGAAAAUUUACUCCCAGCCUGAGGUGGAGGAUGGGCCCAUUAGAAUUGGGUAUAGAAGGUGGCGUCCCCAGCAGCCCGUUUGAGUGCCUGGCCCUGCUUGGGGGAGAGAGGCAAGGCUCGAGUGUGAAACAAUUCAGAGGUCAGUUGCUUGUUGAGAAAAGGGUAUAUUUAUAUUUGCAUAGAGUAUUACACCUUUCAGUGUCAUUUGUUGAUAUCCCUGAGGAGAGGCAGGCAGUGGAAUUGUUUUCUCCAUUUCAUGCAUUUAGGGAUAAAGUCACGCUGGUUAGCGAUAACGUCCAAAUGUGACCUAGUGUUCCCAGCUUCAAAUCAUAGGCCUAUCAGCAGCUUUUUCCCUCUGCACUGCUUUCUGUUCUUUAGACCUGCAGGAAAACACCUUCCCUCCUUUUGAUGCCCUUCACUCCUGGGGUCCAGUCUGGAAUUCUUGAUUUCUUCCACCACAUCUGUCAGCCUCCCCACAACCCCUCACCUACAUAGGUUGGCUCUGAAAUCAGGGAGAAUUUGCUGUUUUUGUCCCUUUCUAGUUCUUUCUUUCCCAGGAGCCUAAUGGGAUGAAUGGGGGAGAGUUUCCUACCAAACCCAGAUCUGAUCUGUUACCUCCCCACCCCCAGAGAGGCCCCCCUCCCUCCCAUUGUCCCCAGGAGAGAACCCUUUCUGUGUUCUGCCCCCCUUUCUACUUCUCUACUCUGAGUCUCUUCCCAUAUUUUCCUGUUUUUCUUAGCACAGUCCUGGGCCUAUGCUAAAAGCUUAAUAAAUGUUACUUUUUGUCAUUAACAUUCUUUGGUACCUGUUGUCUUGCUUUACCCAUUGAGCACAUCAAGGCCCCUCAGGUUGCCUCUUUCUUCCAUCCGCCAGAGCUAAGCAGAACGCGUACCUUGGGAUGCAAUGGGAUCAGGGGAUGAUGAAUCUCCCACCACUGUUGCUGCUCUUCUCUUGGGCUGGGCGUGCCCAUCUUGGCCUUUUAAGGGCAAACCCAUCCAGCAGGGCCGUGGUUCACCUGGACGUGUUGCUUUGCUGGAGCCCAGGAACAAGAAUGGCAAGACUGCCUGUGGCCAUGGGUCCUCCCCAGUGCUCCUGGGGCUGAGGCCGGAGCUGGGGCUGGCAGCCAUGGGGCUGGGCUGGCCCCAGGCCUGGUUGUUAGGCCUGCCAACGGCUGUGGUCUAUGGCUCCCUGGCCCUCUUCAUCUCCAUCCUGCACAAUGUGUUCCUGCUCUACUACGUGGACACCUUUGUCUCAGUGUACAAGAUCAACAAGACGGCCUUCUGGGUUGGAGAGACAGUGUUUCUCCUCUGGAACAGCCUCAAUGACCCCCUCUUUGGCUGGCUCAGUGACCGCCAGUUCCUCAGCUCCCAGCCCCGGUUGGGCACCAGGCUCUCCUCAAGGGCCGUGGUGCUAGCACGGGUGCGGGCACUGGGCUGGCACGGGCCGCUGCUGGCACUGUCGUUCCUGGCGUUCUGGGUGCCCUGGGCCCCAGCUGGCCUGCAGUUCUUGCUGUGCCUGUGCCUCUAUGAUGGCUUCCUGACUCUCGUAGACCUGCACCAUCAUGCCUUGCUGGCUGACCUGGCCCUCUCAGCCCACGACCGCACCCACCUCAACUUCUACUGCUCCCUCUUCAGUGCAGCUGGCUCCCUCUCUGUCUUUGCCUCCUAUGCCUUCUGGAACAAGGAGGACUUCUCCUCCUUCCGUGCCUUCUGCGUGGCACUGGCUGCUGGCUCUGGGCUGGGCUUCGUGGGGGCCACACAGCUGCUGAGGCGGCGGGCUGAGGUGGCUGGCAGGGAGCCAGGGUGCCCAGGCCUGGCUGUGGAUGGUGGCCUGUGUGGAGAGGAGCUGCUUGUGGGCGGCGAGGAGGCAGGCAGCAUCACCUUGGGCCAGUACCUCCGGCAGCUGGCGCGCCACCGGAACUUCCUGUGGUUCGUGGGCAUGGACCUGGUGCAGGUCUUUCACUGCCACUUCAACAGUAACUUCUUCCCCCUCUUCCUGGAGCAUCUGCUGUCAGACCACAUCUCUCUCUCCACGGGCUCCUUCUUGUUGGGCAUCUCCUAUGUCGCUCCCCAUCUCAACAACCUCUACUUCCUGUCCCUGUGCCGGCGCUGGGGUGUCUAUGCUGUGGUCCGGGGGCUCUUCCUGCUCAAGCUGGGCCUCAGCCUGCUAAUGCUGUUCGCUGGCCCCGACCGCCCCGGCCUGCUCUGCCUCUUCAUUGCCAGUAACCGCGUCUUCACUGAGGGGACCUGUAAGCUGCUGACCCUGGUGGUCACUGACCUGGUGGACGAGGACCUGGUGCUGAACCACCGCAAGCAGGCAGCCUCGGCACUCCUCUUUGGCAUGGUUGCCCUGGUGACCAAACCAGGCCAGACCUUCGCUCCACUGCUGGGCACCUGGCUGCUCUGCUUUUAUACAGCUCAGGCCUGAACUCUCCCUGCCCUCCAGGACCUUUAUGACAGACACUACCGUGAGUGUCAUCAUGUUUGAAGCUGACUCCGUUGGAACAUGCGUUAUCCAGUUCUUACUGCAAGGGCAGAACACCGUGCUUUGUUUUACUAGUUGAUCUCCAGUUGGUAAAGUGUUUGAGAAUACGAGAAGAGACCCAAGGUUAUAAUCCUGCAGCUUCAAUACCUGUUGUAUUGUGUGGAGUGUCCAGAAAACUAUCUGGCUUCCCUGACCAGCAUCUCUGGGUCCAACCAAUGUACACAUUGACUCUAGACACAGAUACCAACAUGUGUGGGACAGAUGUCAAGGCUUGAUAUUGCUUGCAGAUACACCCUGUUCUCUUCCUUCUUACCUCUUCUACUACCACACUUAAUACCCUGGCCCUGCCACCCCAACAUGGUUUGCAGCUGCAUGUGUAACUGGGACAAGCCUUUUUCUUGCUGCCUAUUGACCAUUUCUGUGUGUGAUAUUUCUAGAACCAACAUAGGAAGCAGUAAACACAUUAGGAGACACUAAACAGCCAAGGUUGUCUUUGUUCCGAAGGCUUCCCAGCAACACUCCUGGUUCCCUGUCUUUCUUAUUCCUGCUCUACUAAAGAAUGAAGCGCAAGACCCAUCCUGGUGCCUGACUCUUGCAAGACAGAGGUUGGGGAGGAGGAAGUGAGAAGUUGUUGAAGGACAGGGAAAGAGGUAUAGGAGAAAGCAGGGCAAGCCAGUUCUCUAAGGGAGCAGGAGCCUCUGCCUACAGAAGAGAAAAAACAGGAGACAAUGUGCAAACUCACUGGCUUCGUUGGUUCAGCAAAGAGCCUGGAAAAGGUGCAGCUGUAAACUGGGGUGGAAGCCUGGGAAGGAAGGAGUACUAUCCUACUGCAAACCCAAGGGCUCUGGGGCAGCAGAACGGAUAGAUGAGAACAGCACUGUACAUGAGAACUCGGGGAACUUGUUAACUCAAGCCUCCGGGAUUGUUCACUGCCUUCAUCUGGGUGUGGUGCAGACAGACUGAUAUCAACUGAAAUAAAGAUGUCCUCU